AUGGGGAAUGUUAGAUCUCUCUGCAACAAGAUGGACGAGCUCACGGCGCUAACCUGGCAUGAGUGGGACUUCCGGGAGACUAGCCUGAUGCUGUACAUGAAGUCAGCUAACGACGGUAACUCCGGACGCGGUCGCCGAAGUGUGCUAAUUGGCCUGUUAGUGAAACUGGUUGGAGCCUCCCGAGUGUCCAAGUGUCCACACAGACAGAAGCCUCCUGUGUCAUGUUACAGACGGAAAAAGCUGCUGCUGAUGAAGCUGGCACAAACUAAAACCCUGAAAAGGAGAGUUUUGGAGGACAAGAGGAUGGAGAACGUCUCCUCACACCAAUACUUCAUCUUCAAUGGCUUCAACGAACUCGGAGCUCUGAGGCCCGUCCUCUUCAUCCCAUUUUCCAUCAUGUUCGUUGUGUCGUUGUCAGCCAACUCCCUGCUGCUGUACGUCAUCAUUUCUCAGAGGAGCCUCCACUCACCGAUGUGCAUCCUCAUCGCUGGCAUGGCGUUUGUGGACCUGAGCUACCCCCUGUUUUUUGUCCCUCACAUGCUGCUGAACUUCCUGUUCGACUGGAGGGGAAUCUCUCUGAUCGGCUGCCUGGUUCAGAUGCACUUCCUUCACUUUGUUUCAUCUUUUCACUCCACUUCUCUGGUAUGGAUGGCCAUAGACCGCUACUUCGCCAUCUGCACACCACUUUACUACAAUGAAUGCAUGGCUUUACCAAGAUUCCUCAAGUUCAUAAUCCCACUGGUGGUCAGAAACGCCAUCCUGAUCACACUGCUUGUGAGUCUGGCAGGAACACUGUCAUUUUGUGCUGAUAAUGUGAUAAACCACUGUUUCUGUGAGCACAUGGCCUUGGUGGAGCUGGCCUGUGGAAGUACAGCCAUCAACAACCUGACUGGGCUAAUGACUAUUUUCCUAAAUCCCGUAGCAGAUUUCAUCUUCAUUGCUGCGUCAUAUGUGGUGAUAUUUAACUCUGUGCUCAAGUCCGGCAAGUCAGGAGGCAAAGCACUUCACACCUGCAUCACCCACAUCGUGGUCCUUACUGUCAGUCUGACCAUCGCACUUGUGGCUUUCUUGUCAUAUCGGAUCAGAAAUCAUCUUCCUGCAGCCAUUCGAGUCUUCUUCAGCACCAUGUACCUGCUGUUCCCGAGCUGUUUCAACCCAAUGAUUUACGGCAUCAGAACCGCUGAGAUCCGACAGCACAUUAUGAAGACACUGAUGAGCUGUUGCUUGAUACAGACUGUGCCCCGUUAUUAGACAAUGACCACUCAAAUGCUCAUCACAAGCCGGCAUUCACCCAUUCACACAAACAUUUAUACAACUUUAA